AUGCAUACCGGUACGAGCGAGGAGCAUCCAGCACAAGACGAGAACGAGGCGAGAGCUGCCAACAGAACGUAUUUCCAUCGAGAAGACGGUCCGGUGGAUGUCAAUAAUGGUGUUGCCAUCGCAAUCCAAAUCAAUGAGGACGAAGACGAGACUAAUAGUAGUCGUGGAGACUAUCCUCACCCGAGAAACAGUAGCGGCGUCGUCAUUGAAAUGAGAAGCCGCAGCACUGUCAUGGAUGGCAGCACUGGUACUACUAACGCAGGCGUAAGCAAUCGUCGUCACAGCCAAGAAUCUCCAAAUGUCAUCAUGGAGGUGCCAAUGGCGCCUGAUACCCCAGAAUUGUCCUCGCCCCACGACGACAACGACGACACUACAAGAGUUGAAGCUAAAGAAACCACCCCUUCGGCAAAACCAAUGCUACUGGCUAGUGAAUGGCUAAUCUUAAUUGGUGAGGUUAAAACGUCACGUGGGGGCGUAUCCCUAUCCCUGAGCUAUAUCUUUGAAAAACUUCGAUUUGAUUCCAUUCGAUUCGUCACCUUCCCUUCACGUCUCGAGUUUUCUCAUUGCAUUCUGUUAUUUCCUUCACUGAGGAUCCUUGAGCUUCCAUUGCCAUAA